UAUAUAAAAUACAAAAUCAAAGAACUGGGCGUCGUUUACCUUACCGGAGAAAAAGAGAGAGAUCCCCUCCCCUUCCUUGGACAGACAGUAACGUAAAAUCUGAGAGAGGCAGAGAGAGAGAGAGAUGGCGGCGCGGAGGAAGAUGGUGCUGGGUUGCAUUUUAGGAGUAUUGAUUUGUAGUAGCAAUCUUUUCACGGUUAGCCAAGGGGUGUGGUUGAAUCUGCCUCCUACCGGUACCAAGUGCGUGUCUGAGGAGAUCCACAAUAACGUCGUCGUUUUGUCUGAUUACGUUGUCGUUUCCGAUGACCAUUCCCAUAUCCCCACCAUCUCUGUUAAGGUGACAUCACCAUAUGGGAACACCCUUCACCAAACAGAGAAUGUGACUCAUGGUCAAUUUGCAUUCACGACUCAUGAGGCUGGCAAUUACUUGGCAUGUUUUUGGGUGGAUGGUCAUGUUCAAGGAGACGUGAGUGUUAACAUUGAUUGGAAAACUGGAAUUGCUGCUAAGGAUUGGGAUUCAGUUGCUAGAAAAGAGAAGAUAGAGGGUGUUGAACUUGAGCUGAGGAAACUUGAAGGAGCGGUGGAGGCCAUCCAUGAGAAUCUACUCUAUCUCAAAACGAGGGAAGCAGAGAUGAGGUCUGUGAGCGAAACAACAAAUACCAGAGUAGCAUUAUUUAGUGUGAUGUCGUUGGGUGUCUGCAUUGCUGUUUCAGCACUGCAAGUGUGGCACUUGAAACACUACUUGCAAAAGAAGAAGCUCAUUUAGUAUUGGAAGAAGAGACUCGCAUUUUUCUUGAUUGACCGUACAACUAGUUUUAUGGUUCAAAGCUAAAAGCAACAGGGAGGAGCAAGCUAGAGGUCAUGAAGGCUUUGAGGUUUGUUACUAUUCAAUGUCUCAAGCGACUGAGAAAUUGUGGCAUCGUUAAAACUAGCUGUUCUUCUU